ACUAUCCGGCAGGGACCCAGCUAGAAGUUCGGCCUGCCAGUGGCACAAGAAAGAAGGAGGAAAAAAAGGAGUGUAGAAGUAGAAGUGCGAGAGUGUCCAUUAUUCUUUUCAAUAAACCUCCUUCGUUUUUGUUUUCCAUUAUUUUGUCGCGGAAUUAAACCGAUCCGAAUCGGCCCAGCAUGAGUCAAACCGUGUAGAUUGGAUGCGUCAUAAGUGCGAGAAUGGUGUAAAGUAGUGGUGCCGGUGUUUCAUCUGUCCUCUAUCGGAGCAAAACGCAAUCAAAAAUCGGCGAGAGCGGGGCCCUCUGCAAAAAAUAAGACGGACGGACGGACGACAGGAUCUACACACUUGCGACAAGGAGGGAGAGCAAUGUGGAAGAACCAAGCCCACUUGUGCUUUCUAGUUGUUUGUAUAUACAGUUUGAGCCAUCAGAUCGUCGAAGUCCGUGCGACCGGUAGUACAGUUGAACCGCGUUACUUCUUGGCUGGUAGAAAUGGAACACUGUCGUGCAAGUACACCGGUGCGGAGAUUCCCACAUGGCACAAGGACGGGAAAAAUCUUACCGAUGGCAGCGGAAAGUUUUCAUUUAUGAUCGUUGACUCUGAAAGAGACGUGGAGAAGUUGUCCGAUGGGGACGAAGGAAAGCCCGCGGAAGAGCAGCAGUCGGAUACGACGGAUGCAAGCGUACUACCGGCCAAUACAGCGAUUUCAACCUUAACGAUACACAAUUUUACAAAGGCGGACACCGGAAAGUACGUCUGCCAUGGAGAGGGCAAAAGUAUCCUCGCGAAUUACACAGUUCAUGAGGUCAUUCUACCAAAGAUUACUGCAUCGAGCCCGGAGCGCACGCGGACCAAGCUCGAGAAGAAGGUCGAGCUGUACUGCGUGAUACAAAUGUACCCACUGGAAUACUUUAACAAUUCAAUACAAUGGUUCAAGGAAGACGAUACCACCGAGAACAACUUUUUCAAAAACACUUCCGUGCGCAUUUUGAAUGGAACUCAUGUGAACGUCACGCUGACGAUUGCCGGAGUAAGCAAAACUCACAAUGGAACCUAUUCCUGCAAUGUUGGCCCGUCGGCGAUGUUGGACGAAAGUUCGGCUGUCGAUAAAAAGUCGAUGGCUUUGCUUGUGCUGGACAAACCCCAGGUUGCGAUUGAGUACAUGAAAGCGGUGGGCGCGAACAAGAUCUAUCUUAACUGGACCAUCAACGAUGGAAACGAUCCGGUGAAACAUUACAUGGCCCAGUUCAUGAAAAAGGGCGACUCCACCUUUACGUAUUACGCCACUCGUAUUGAUGGCCAAAACACAUCAUUCGUGCUCGAAAAUUUUGAACCUGCCACCGAUUAUGAAAUUAAACUAACAGCUCAAAACAGUCAGGGAAGCGGCCCAGCUUCACCACCACAAAAGGUUCGCACGUUAGAAACCGAUCCCAGCUUCACCCCAGUCGUCGAAGUCAAAGGCAACACCCACUCAACGAUCACGAUCGGAUGGGCACCACCACCAACCGACCUGCUAGAGUACAUUCAGUACUACGAUCUUACGGUGUCCGUUGCCGGCGAAAACUCUUCCAAGUGGGAAACAUACUACCCACAAAACAGUCGAAAUCUGCCCUACAUGUUCGACAACCUGGAAACCGCCACAGAGUACAGCUUCCGAGUGCGAGCCUGCAGCGAACUCGCAAAAGUGUGCGGAAACUGGUCAGAGGAGGUAAAUGGAACCACCAGCGAUGGAACAUCCUCCGAACCUCUCGAUCUCAACAUCACUUGCUCUCACUUCAACAUCUCCCGCCGUAACAGCGUACGAAUCCACUGGAACCCACCGAGCAAACCCAACGGAAAGGUCGUUUCCUACCAAGUUAUUCUGGACGGCCUCUCUCAGUACCGUAGCGAGCACGGAACGCUCAAAAACGAAACCUGGGGACCCAAAAUCAAAAACGUACAAGCCCAGUUCACCAAAACCGAGUACGACGGAAUUCCACCCAACACCAACUACACCGUACGAGUCGCAGCGGUCACGCGUACCAAACGCCCGGGAAAGAUGGCAAGUGCCACGUGCACAAUGCCAUCGACAACCCCCGACAACAUCGGCCGCCUAAUGUGGGGCAAGCUGCGCACCGAAGAUAACCAGUGGAUCUUCAAACUCUUCCUACCGCGCGUUUCCGAACGCAACGGUCCGAUCUGCUGCUACAAAAUCUAUCUCACCCGGCUGGUGCACAAAAAUGGCUCCCUUCCGGAGCCGGAGAAUCUUGCCGUCACGAGCUACGCCGACGUUCAUUCGCUAAACAACACCCACGGGGGGACGUACCUUGCCGAGAUAUUCUCCAGCGUAAAUUACAGCUCGGAGGUAUUCCUGGGCGAUGGAAAGAACAAUGAAGUUCAGGAUCUGACCUUCUGCCCGCAAUGUCUGCACAAGACCAGAUUUCACCAGAUUGACAAAACCAGUGCCAUUAACAAGGAUGAGGAAGAAGUCGGCCAGAACGCCACUGCCACCACAACGACGGCGAAUCCCAUUCGCACCGGGAACGAAGCCGUCUCGGUUCAGGACGAGCUGAAAGUAUCUAGUCACGAGAAGCGCGAGAUAACCAGCUACAACAGCUACGACGGCGGCACCUACCAGCUGGAAACGGUGUACGACGGUGUGCUGGAUGCCACCAGCAACUACACCGGAUUCGUGGAAGUAGUUGUGAAAACCGAAGGCGACAGCGGUCCUCAGUACAUUUCAAGCUUCAGCGAGUACUUCCAGGAAAUGAAUGCUGGAGCCCCGUCGCCCAGCGAACUAAACGGAAAAGAUCUAUCUUUUAUACUGAACAUCGUUAUUCAAAUCCUGUGCGGUCUCAUCCUGAUUGUUUUGCUGGUCUUGCUUACGCUCUGUCUGCUGCACAAACACUUUAGCAAGAAUAUCGCCCAAGAAGGGGAAGCAAUCAGCUUGGGAGACUCACUGAGAAGAGCUCUCUGCCACGGACGCAAUGCGAACAUGCACCACCGGCAUCUGCUCGGAUCGAACAGCGUCAAACCACCGACGAUUCCACCGAUAUCGAAGGACGAUCUUCCAAAAGCAUACUACGAGAAACAUAAGGACUCUGACUAUGGCUUCCAGCACGAGUUUGAGCUGCUUCCGGACAAGUUUGUCGAUCGGACGACAAAAAAUUCCGAUCUUAAGGAGAACAUCCACAAGAAUCGUUAUCCGGAUAUCAAGUCCUAUGAUCAGACUCGGGUCAAGCUGUCAACGAUGAAUGGUCUGUGCGGAUCGGACUAUAUUAACGCGAAUUUUGUGAUCGGCUACAAGGAACGUAAAAAGUUCAUCUGCGCUCAAGGUCCGAUGGACAGCACGAUCAACGAUUUCUGGCGAAUGAUUUGGGAGCAGCAUCUGGAGAUUAUCGUUAUGCUGACCAAUUUGGAGGAGUAUAACAAGACCAAGUGCGCCAAGUAUUGGCCGGAAAAUAUAAACGAUUCAACCCAGUACGGAGAUUUACUGAUUACGUUCACUUCAGAUAGCUUCUAUGCGGACUACAUCGUGAGAAACUUGAAGGUCACCAAACGCUCGGUCAACUCUGCCGGUGACGAAGUCGAAGAUACGCGCUAUAUUUCCCAGUUCCACUACCUAACCUGGAAGGACUUUAUGGCCCCGGAACACCCGCAAGGAAUCACCAAAUUCAUCAAACGCAUCAACUCGGAAUACUCAUUGCAACGCGGUCCCAUCCUGGUUCAUUGUAGUGCCGGCGUUGGCAGAACCGGAACAUUCGUAGCCCUGGACACACUCACGCAGCAGCUGAACGAGGAAGGCCAAGUGUCGAUCUUCAACACAAUAUGUGAUAUGAGAUAUCAAAGAAAUUUCCUUGUGCAGUCCUUGAAACAAUACAUUUUCCUGUACCGUGCCCUCACCGAGCUGGCGUACUUUGGCGACACAGAAAUUGAUCAAAAGUCACUCGCAACCACCGUUGAAAAUCUCAAGCAGCCAUCAACCGAGAACGCCGAUAUUUGCAAGCUAGAAGCGCAAUAUCAACGAAUAAAAUCGUUCCAAGACGACACCCGCCGGACGGUGGCCAUAGGCAGUAGCGAGGAGAACAAAGCCAAGAAUCGCUCCGACAGCUGUGUUCCAUACGACAAGAAUCGUGUGAUUCUGGCGCCGAUUCCGGGCCAUGACAACUGCACCUACAUCAACGCGUCCUUCAUCGAUGGGUACGACGACGAGAACAACUUUGUCAUCACGCAGGAUCCGCUGGAGAACACCAUUUUCGACUUUUGGCGAAUGAUCUUCGAGCAGCGGAUAAAGACGAUCGUCAUGUUCUCGGAGAUUGGCGACGGUCCCAACAAGUGUCCCCGGUACUGGGCCGACGAGGAGAUGCAGUACGAGAAUCUGCUCGUAACGUACAUCCAAAGUGAGAGCGGUCCCUACUACACCAAGCGCGAGUUUACGGUCAUGAACUGUAAAACGAAGGACACCAUCCAGGUAACGCAGUUCCAGUACAACGGUUGGCCCACCGUCGAGGGCGAGGUUCCCGAGGUCACGCGGGGCAUGAUCGAAAUAGUCAACCAAGCACAAAAGCACAGCACCCAGCAGGAGGACAUGUUCACCAUUGCCGUUCAUUGCAGCUUGGGAACGGACAAAAGCUCCUUAUUCGUUGCCAUGUGCAUACUAGUUAUGCAGCUUAAAACCGAAAAACGAAUUGACAUUUGCUCUAUAGUCAGAAAGCUUCGAGCACAACGUAGUCUAAUGAUAGAAACAUAUGCACAAUACGAAUUUCUGCAUAGAGCUAUUGUAAAUUUCGCUGACUUAUACAAAAUCUCGCUAGGCAUAGCUUCCGACUGUUGAUAAGCUGAUGUAGUGAUAAUGUAAUAAGGUAAACAUAACAUAAUGUCGUGAAACAUAAUACGUAUAGAUCGCGCAACCCCAUUACACAAACACACACACACAUGCCACACGCCGCCAAUACACACUGAAGAAUCCACUUCUACACACAGAUAAGUUUGCAAGUAAAUCCCAGAAGAAACAAAACAGAAAUACAUGUGACAAUUUCAUGCAGAAGCUUCAAGUACGCAAUAUAUGUAAUGUAUGUAAUUUUUAGCUUUUUAAAACCAGUAAACCUGCAUGAGUUAAACUUAUCGAACAAUCUAUUGCAUGCGACGUCAAACGAAACAAAAAAAAACUGAGAUUAGUAUGAUGGCAGCCAGGGUUUCUUUGUUCUUGGUCAUACUAUUUUAAAUGAAAAAAACAAAAUAGCUCCCUCCCUUUUUAAGUGAAAUGUGAGUUAAAAAAAUCUUCCCUAAUUACGUUCUUCUAUAAGCCAUACUCUGUUUAAUUCACCGCAACUCUCCGUUUACGGAAAAAGAAAACACUACAUUUAUAAAUAGUCAUUGAAGUAACUAAUAAAAACCAUGAUACAACUAGGACAAGAAAACAAGCAGGUAACUUUUAUACUAUUCCAGACAAGAACAACCCAAUACAAUAGAUUGGCGACAGCAGCAGCAGAGAGAUAGGUAGGAGCAGAUUGCAAACAACAAAAAAAGCAAAUUGUAGAAAAAUGGUUGAAGAAUCGAGAGUGUGUGAUCAAAAUGUAGAGGAAUAACAGCGUGCGAUGCAAAAGAAAACGUUAGGAGCUAAAGCUAGAUAUUUUUCACGUUGAAAACCGAUGGAAAAUACAAUCAUAACAAGUAAAACAAUGACACUAAAUAAGACAGAAGAUGCAAAAUAUACCUCUAUCUGUGUGUAAAAGUCAAUAACUAUUAAGGUAUCUGUACCAGUAUGAUAUUUCUAUGAGUAAUGAAUAAUGGAAAACACAAAAUGAUGAUACACAGAAAGAAAAAACACGAAACAAGAAACCAGAAAUGUCUUGUGUGCUGAACAACCUACAAUUUACUACAUUAUAAUGUUUGUAUUUAUCAAAAAUUAUCAACAAUGAGCAGUAAAGAUAAACUUGUGUACAA